ACUGAUUGGCCACUAAAAUAGGUUUACAACCGUACCAUCAUGGUGUCUGCAGAUUUCGCUGAACGGCCAGUCAAGAAGCUCGUGCUAUUCGAUGUCGAUGAGACGUUAACGCCCGCACGCCAGAGGGCAUCUCCAGAAAUGAUCCAGCUCUUACGCGACCUCAGAAAGCAUGUUGCUAUAGGCUUUGUUGGUGGGUCUGAUUUCGUCAAGAUAUCCGACCAGCUUAAUGUUGGUGAUUUCAAUGUUCUGGAGUUCGACUUUGGCUUCGCUGAGAAUGGCCUUAUCGCGUAUCGACUCGGAAAGCUGCUGGAGUCUCAGUCCUUCAUCAAAAUGGUAGGCGAAAAGGACUAUCAGGAGCUGGUCAACUUCAUCUUGCAUUACAUUGCUGACGUGAACAUCCCAAUCAAACGUGGAACAUUCGUCGAGUUCCGCAAUGGCAUGAUCAAUGUCAGCCCUAUCGGCCGCAAUGCAACUAUCAAGGAACGCAAAGAUUUUCAGGCUUACGACAAGGAACACCACAUUAGGGCGGACUUUGUAGAAAUUCUCCGGGAGAAAUUCAAACGACUGAAUUUAACGUUCUCUAUCGGUGGCGAGAUAUCAUUUGAUGUCUUUCCACAUGGAUGGGACAAGACUUACUGCCUUAGACAUGUCGAGAAAGAUGACUUCGAAGAAAUCCACUUUUUCGGGGACAAGACAAGCAAGGGGGGUAACGACUACGAGAUUUUCAGUGAUCCUCGUACUGUCGGGCACACCGUUAAAAAUCCCGCAGAUACGAUGAGAAUCUGCACAGAACUUUUCCUGUCAUGAAGUGCUCAACAAUUUCGGAUAACAGUUACGACUAUACCAAUGACUCUUCGUAACUAUACAUGGACUAGCUUGCUAUCACUCCUGGGGUUCUGCAACAUUUUCAAUAAACCUUUUGUAACUCCUCAACCACAUCAUAUUUUCUUCUACGGAUUUGCACCGUCAUAGAUUCAUAGCUGCUCUAUAUGAAUAAGAUUUUUGCUGAUUUUUGCUGAUUUUGUGGUGGAAUGUCGGAUGAAGGCCCUGCAAAAUAUUGUCACGUCCUGUCACACAUCGGCACAGUAGCGGCACUGUGAACUUUCACCCUCCGAAGACUGAGCUCUUGCACAUCGAAUCAAUGUUGU